AUGAAUGACUGGGUGGGCCCCGACGUCAAUGUGGUGGGACCGCUGCAAAUCCCACCCAGCGAUGAGUUAUCCAUCUCAGAGAGCUCCCACCUGUUUGAUAUUCUGGUGGAUCAAGGCAGUCCUCUCCUGCAGGAUCCCGAUAUCUUACCCUUCACCGGCUAUCCCGGCAUGCCCUAUCCGUCCAUUGAGCCAACCGUGUCUUCAAUGCCGUACUACUCCAGUCAGAACUACUACCCUCAGUACAACGGAGACGAGUGGUACUCACACACGGGGAUAUAUGAACUGAGGAAAGGGCCCCUGGAGGUCGGCUACGACGCCGAGAUGGAGGAGGUGUCCGCCGGCGUGCCCGCCGUGUGCAAGAGGACGCGGCACAUGUCGCAGGCUGGAAGGGUCAAAGGGGAGGAACUGUGUGUGGUGUGCGGAGACAAGGCCUCCGGAUACCACUAUAACGCUCUCACCUGUGAGGGAUGUAAAGGUUUCUUCAGACGGAGCAUCACCAAGAAUGCCGUGUACAAAUGCAAGAGCGGCGGGAACUGUGAGAUGGACAUGUACAUGCGCAGGAAGUGCCAGGAGUGUCGGCUAAGAAAGUGCAAGGAGAUGGGCAUGCUGGCUGAAUGCCUGCUGACGGAGAUCCAGUGUAAGUCCAAGAGGCUGCGGAAGAACACCAAGGCGUCGCCGGGACAACAGUCCACCGGAGACGAGACGGAGGGGACGGACAACGCAGACAACAAACAGGUCACCUCAACCACCAAACUGUCAAAGGAAAAAGUGGAACUCACCAAAGAGCAGUGGGAUCUCGUGAAAGCCAUCGUAGACGCCAACAACAGACAUCAAAUUCCUCAAGACGUGGCCAAAAAACUGCUGCAGGAUCAGUACAGCGCAGAGGAAAACUUCCUCCUGUUGACAGAAAUGGCAACGAGUCAAGUUCAAGUUCUGGUGGAGUUCACAAAAAAUAUUCCAGGCUUCCUCUCUCUGGAUCGAGAGGAUCAGAUCGCUCUGCUGAAGGGUUCGGCCGUGGAGGCCAUGUUCCUGCGCUCAGCUCAGGUUUUCAGCAGAAAGAUGCCCAACGGACAAACGGUCGUUCUGGAGGAGAGGAUACGCAAGAGUGGUAUCUCAGAGGAAUUCAUGACACCCAUGUUCAACUUUUACAAAAGCAUUGGUGAACUCCACAUGGGGCAGGAGGAACAGGCUCUCCUCACCGCCAUCACCAUCCUGACACCAGAUCGGCUGUACGUGAAGGAUCCUCAGGCUGUGGAGAGACUUCAGGAGAUGAUGCUGGACGUGCUGAAGAAGCUGUGCGUCCUGCAGCGCCCGCUGGAGUCGCAGUACUUCGCUCGUCUCCUGGGCCGUCUGACGGAGCUGAGGACGCUCAACCACUACCACGCAGAGAUGCUCACGUCCUGGAGGAUGAACGACCACAAGUUUACGCCGCUGCUCUGUGAGAUCUGGGACGUGCAGUGACACACCAGGAGAGGUGGAGAGGAAGCAUCGGAUAGCAUAGUGAUGACAGCAUGAACAUUUCAACCUGCAAGACAAAGUCGUGGUCCAACUGCAGACUCAGACUCGUCUCAUUGUUGAGAUGUUAUUAUGACUUUGAUGGUUUUCAGUGCAAAGAGGAAACUGUUCAAAGGUCGGGAUUUAGGAAACCUCUUUUUACUGUCUGUGUACAACAUUUAAAAUGUGAUAUCAGUCCAACAAAGUACAAACACUGAAACGUAUUCAAAGCAAAGAUGGUGCUCAUAAGAAGUGUAAAGUUUAGAUUACAUCGAGUUAAUAUUGGCUUAGUUUAUUUUUUAUUUGUAAAAACUCAUAUUGCUUGCUAUACAUGUACUUACUGUAAAUACGCAAAAAGUUGUAAUACGCAAAAAGUUGUAUUUUCUGCCUCAAUAAAUAACAAGUUUAACAGGAAAAAGA